AUGGAAUGUGAAAGUGAGUUAGUGGCGGGGUUAGUGACAGAAUUGUCUGGUGCAUUUUUUGUUAUAUACUCUGUACUCGAAAUUAAUCAUCUUUUAUUAUGCACUAUUUUAUUUGCAAGUUUAUGCUUCGGUGGUUUGUUUGUUUGUUUCAAAUCUAUUGUCCUUUUGGUAUUUGGGUUUUUCAUACCUCGUGUUAUAUGCUUUAGAUUAAAAAUAACUACUGCACAGACCUUUAUACUUUUAUUUCUUUUUGUUAUUGGUUUUUUAUGCUUUUCAUUUAUAGCGAUUACUAAGAUCUUAUGUUUACUAUUUUAA